ACCGUACUUAUAUCGUGCUGAUCCGCCCUGAGGGUAUGCCGUAGCCGAGGGUGCACGACUCAGUCUGGCGUUUAACUUUCCAUAAAUGCGGGUCUACGAUCACCCACCUGGCUCUAUCGAACACCCUAUGAUCAAAACACUGGAUGAUUGUGUGUUUACCCCACGAGCCCGACUUAAGGCCCGGCUAUGACGGAACGGCGCAGCACCUAACAGUGAUCGCCUUCCUCGUCAACGCCUCUAUUCUGCGUCCAUGUCGUCUUGUUAGUCGUUACGAUUGCCUGGGCCACAGCGAUUGUAUACAAUAACACACCUCGUUUUCAAAACAUUGCGGAGUCACAAUGAGUGACAAGAUACCCGCUGUGCCGCAGAAAGCAUCUUUGCAAAUCCGUUUUGUGGUAGUAGGAGGAGGAAUCGCCGCACUGGCCAGUGCUAUAGGGCUCGCUCGCGCCGGGCAUGAGGUCACCGUGUUGGAGAAAAGCGACGGUCAUACAAAUAGGGGGGAACAUGGCUUACGCAUACCACCCAAUAUGUCCAAGAUAUUGUAUCACUGGGGCCUGAGGCAGCAAUUACUGGACGUGGCUUUGGUUUCCCGUGCACUUCUUUUCUCGAGGUUGGAGAGUGAAGAAUUGCUCGGCACACAAGUCUGGGACUACGAGCUAUUGAAGGAAACACGUGGAGAUUUUUUGUUGUUGACGCACAUAGAUCUCCAUCGUCUGCUAUCGGAGACAGCCGUUGCACAUGGCGUCAACAUCCGCUAUAACGCGGAAGUUGUCACCAUUGUCCCUGAUCUCGGCGAAGUGAGAUUGGCUUCAGGUGAUACCCAUUCGGCAGACGUAAUUGUUGGCGCAGAUGGGGUCAAAGGCAUCAGCCGAGACUCACUCGUCGGACAACACGAUCGAGGCGCACCGGUGGGCAUAAGCAUCAUUAACGCGACAUUCGAUACGAAAACGGCUGUGGGACAAUUGCCCGAAGAGCUCGAACGAGCCGCCGAUUUUGAAAGUAACAUGAUCUUCGCCGCCUUCGGCAACAAAUGUGGUGCACUGGCGUUUCCGAUUAAUCAAUGGCGGGAAUGUACUUUCCAGUUCCUUGUGCAAGACCAUACAACAGAGGGAACAUGGGGUGAUCCUCCAUGUCAAGACUUGAAAACGCUAGUACCCAACCCUUGCGACCCGCGCCUGAGAUUCGUGGCAGACAAUGCGAGCAAUGCUGUUCGCGUAGUACUCAAGGACUACAGUCAUCUGGAAAACUGGGUACACGACAGCUCACGUCUCGUCGUGAUCGGAGAAGCGGCACAUACUUUCCCAGCUAUCGCCGUCCAGGGCCCCGCAAUGGCAGUCGAGGAUGCGGCUGUCCUAGGUAAACUCUUCAGUCAUCUCAGUAGCCGGGACCAGAUCCCGAGCUUCCUCUGGGCGUUCCAAGACAUCCGACAGAGACGGUGCACUGCAAUCCAGCAGGUCGAGCACGGUAACGUCUACUAUAUGACAAUGGCGGACAGUCCCGAGCAGCGAGCGCGCGACGAGGCGUUGAAGGCGAAGCACCGCGCCGGGAAAAACGUCAUGGCUCCCGAAGACGGGGAGGAAAGUGCGCAGUGGGGGGAAGUGCGAGAAACGUUCGGCUAUGACUGCGAGGAUGAGGCGGACAAUUGGUGGGUGCAAUGGGGUCUCCUUCGCGAGCGAGCGAAGGGCGCCCAACAGAGUCAGGCGAGAGACUUCGCGUUCACAUGGGGCAACAUGGGCGUCUCGGUCAGUCAGAACGAAGAUGCAAAUUCAGAAUGACCAUAAUCCCCCCCCCCCCCCCGGUCAUGCACUUAGGCGCAACGUUGUC